UACAGCGGAGGAAACCCUGUGCCGUGAGCCGCCAUCUUGGAUAGACAGAUCAUACUUGAGCCAGGAUAACCUGCAUCCCUCUUCUGAGCAGCUCAAGAACACAAAGCUCAAAGGACUUAAUAUCUGAGCCACAAUGGCCACCGCACCGUACAACUACUCCUACAUUUUCAAAUACAUCAUUAUCGGGGACAUGGGGGUAGGGAAGUCAUGUUUGCUCCACCAGUUCACAGAAAAGAAAUUCAUGGCGGAUUGCCCCCACACGAUUGGCGUGGAGUUUGGUACGAGGAUAAUCGAGGUGAGCGGCCAGAAGAUCAAGCUGCAGAUUUGGGACACGGCGGGGCAGGAACGCUUCAGGGCCGUCACCCGCUCCUACUACCGCGGAGCUGCAGGGGCGCUCAUGGUCUACGACAUCACCAGGAGAAGCACGUACAACCACCUCAGCAGCUGGCUGACUGAUGCCAGAAACCUCACCAACCCCAAUACUGUGAUCAUUCUCAUAGGAAACAAAGCGGACCUGGAGGCCCAGAGGGAUGUCACGUAUGAGGAAGCGAAGCAGUUUGCCGAGGAGAACGGUCUGUUGUUUCUGGAAGCCAGCGCAAAAACAGGUGAAAACGUGGAGGACGCCUUCCUGGAAGCCGCCAAGAAGAUCUACCAGAACAUCCAAGAUGGCAGCCUGGACCUGAACGCCGCCGAGUCCGGGGUCCAGCACAAGCCCUCAGCCCCCCAGGGCGGUCGGCUAACCAGCGAACCACAGCCCCAGAGGGAAGGCUGCGGAUGCUAAUGACCAAGCAAACCCCCCUUCAUCCUCCCUGCCUCUCCGCCCCCGUCUGUCCCGCCCGCCCGCCCGCCCGUCCUCCCUCAACCAUCCCCCCUCUCCCCUCUCCUCCAUCCAUUCCUCAACCUCGGUACGUCCAUCCACCCUCCUCCCUCGCUGCACCAGGCGCUGCAUGAGAGCAGGGCUGCGGAGGGAAGGAAGCGGGGGACGGAUAUCGACUUGGGCCAGACUGAGCUGUGUGGACUACAUCUCCCCCUCCUCUUCUCUGCCUGUCUGUCUCCCUCCAUUGCCGUCUCACCCCCUCCUCUCUAAAGUCUGUCAGUGUGUCGUCCUCCCACAACUCUCCUCUUUCGCUCCCCUCCACUCCUCUUGCACCAUUCAGUCUAGACCCCCCCCACCACCAGUCGUCUUAGUAUCGUAGACGCCACCACGCACUCAUUACACGGGUUACUGACACUUUAGAUAGAUGUAACAUUCAUACGAUAAUGAUAAACCGAGACUGUUUUUUUAUGUUUGGUUUUAUAGCUAUAUAUGACAUGUAAACAUUGCAUUCAAUUUCCAUCCGCCACUGAUCAGUUGUAUAUGAAUCUGAUCAAAAUGAUACUCCUGAAGUCUCAUGCAUGGUUUUACCAAUCCAGCAUUUAAUGGGAGACAUGCGGGUGUGAUAUCUGUCCUGCUGUUAACUGUUGCAGGAUCAGACAGUGAAGGCAUGAAGUAGUGAGUCAUGCAGCCACACAGGUAGAGGCUCUUAAGUGUGUGUCAAAAGAAUGUGUAGCCGAGGGAGCUUUUUUUUUUUUUUUUUUUUUUUCAGCAGCAGGAUUCAAACCUGCUUGUGGCUUUUUAAAAUUCUGUUUUCUGCUACUCAGCACGAAGAGAGUUCCUUUGCCGGAUGUGGCAACACUGAUGUUCUCGGGGGGGAGACGGGGGAAAGAAUUUAGAGAACCCGGAAUUGCUGAUAAGUUAAAGUAAUUCCUCAGUCUCUCCUCUGAGAUAUCACAGGAAGUGUUUUCCAGCUAGUGUGUGUUUGUGAGUUUCUGUCUGUUAAAAAGUAGGAUGGGAGUUUCAUUUGACAAAAAAAAACCAAACAUGGCUUUUUUUAUUUUUGGUGGAAAGAUUCAUCCACCAUCUCUCCCUCUCCCUCUCCUCUCCUCACCCACCCGACUCCCAAAACUUCUCCCCCAGGUCAUAUCGACAGAUUCUGUCUUUACCAGCAUUUUCUUUGUCAUGGUUUGUUGCCUUAUUAUAAUUAAUGUUAUUACUCUUUAAUCUUUAUUGUAUUGUUGCACUUUCUCUUCGCCCUGCUGUUGGAAUCACCCCCAAAAAUAAAUCAACUAUUUUAGAUUCAUUAUUGCAUUUUACUGGAGAAUAACGUCAAAAUGCAAAGCGGUGGCUCACAUGGUCAGAAUAUCAAAGUAUCGGCAGCAUGGUCUUUAAAACUGUCAACACUCCUUUUGUUUCUAAUGCUGCACUAACGAGCUGAUCUGUUGAUCAUUUGGGCAGUUGUUCCUCUGCCUUGUAUAAUACAACACCACGCAGCAUGCCCCCCCCCCCCCCCCAAUACACAGUGAAAUUGUCAAAAUCCAAUUAUGUUUUUUUUUUUGUUUUCAGAUAAAAAAUGUCUGUACCAUCGAGUGAUUCCCCGAUUGGAUAGCUGUAUAUACUGCUUCUUAACUAUUUGUGAUGACCUCGCUACUUUACAAUUUAGAAAUUUAUUUGCUGGCUCUGCCAAGAUCUGUACAGUUGAUGUGCUAGUGGGUUGCCUGUAAUUCAUGCUUGGGAAAUUCUGUAACAUAGUUUCUAUUAAUAAAUGUAUGUAAAGGACAGACACCCAGACACCCCCCCCAACACUACUGAACCUGUCGACUGGUUGAGGGGAGAGGAAGUGGAUCGAUUUCAUGUGCAAACUAGUAUUUAUGUCUGCAAACUCUUGAUUCCUCUCAUUACUGUAUGGAGUGGCAAAUGGGGCACUUUUAUGUUUCUGUUUUUCUUUUUUUCCAUCCCAUCAUUGCUCCUCCACAUGGGAGGGGCCUGCAUCGCUGUCUUAACUUUUGGGGAGUGGGGAUUGGUUUGUUAUUGUGGGAAGUUGGUGGGCUGGGUUUUCCUUUUUCCUGUGUCCCACCUCUUUACAGUCUGAGUGACCACUUCCUGCUUUUGUCUGUCCACGAGUACAAAAAAAAAAAGUACAUAUGUAUAAAUUUUUAAGGAGCUGUGCUAACAUUUAAAUGCAUUCUUGAGUGUAUAUGAUUUUAAAAAUGUUGACAUUUUGAUUUUAAUGACAAAAAUACUCUAGACAGAAAAAAUAAAUUAUACAU